UUAUGACCGAACAACAGUACAUUUUUCUAAAGCGACUACUUUUGUAAACUAAAAACAGGUAAAGAGCUUCAAAUAAUCAUCAUGGUUGUGGAAGGAGGAGGGAGGUAUGCACCAUCCACAGGAAUGACCUCCAAGGAACUGUGUGAAAAUGACGACUUGGCUUCAAGUCUGACGCUGGAUCCCUACCUAUCCUUAACAACACAUAAAAUGAACUCGAGACACAGACCAAUGAAAACAGACCUUCAGCAAUCUUGUAAAGAAAUAAUGAAAAGAUUUGUGGAGAAACAGAAUUAUGAAAAGGCCUACAGAGAAUUUUCUGCUUUAGCUCCUGUCAAGUCAUUUUUUGUCACUAAACUUAAGUCACAACAAGUUAUAGUCAAAGAUCAUUUGUUCAGAUAUUUAAGGAUGUUUGACAAAGAUUCUGGAUUUGAAAUUCUGCCAUGUCAUCGUUACUCCAUGGAAAAUGAAGUAGGAGCAAAAAUUUGUGCAACUAAAUCUUGGCAAAAGAAUGAUAAAAUUGAGUAUUUAGUUGGAUGUAUCGCUGAACUGGAUGCAGAAGAAGAGGAGCAGCUACUGAAACCAGGACUAAAUGACUUCAGUGUAAUGUACUCCACUAGGAAAAACUGUAGCCAGCUCUGGUUAGGUCCUGCCAGCUUUGUCAAUCACGAUUGUCGAUCAAACUGCAGGUUCGUAUCCACUGGUAGAGAUACAGCCUGUGUGAGAGUCUUAAGAGACAUUGAGCCUGGGGAAGAAAUCACAUGUCAUUAUGGAGAAAGUUUCUUCGGAGAAAGCAAUUGCUUCUGUGAAUGUGAAACUUGUGAAAGGAGAAAACAAGGAGCAUUUAAGCCUAAAGAUGGAAUAAAAAGUCCACAACAUGUAAAAGGUUAUAGACUCCGAGACACAGAUGAUAGACUUACCAGACUAAAAUCCGACCCUCUGGAGCGUGAAAGGCCAAGUGCACAAAUGACAGGUGCUGCUCUGUAUGGCAAUGAAAACUGGAAUAUCAGAGAUGGUAAUCUAAAGAAAAACGCUGAAUUACUGAAGGCUGGAGAACUGAAAAGAAGGGGCAUAACUCGCUAUGAUGCUGAACUGUUACUGUCUCAGGGACUAAAACUUCCGGAACCAAGGGUACCUGUGACUAGGAAAUUGCCAAUUAAAUCAUCAAAGAGUGUUUUAAAUGACCUUAAUUUGAAAAUGGCACAGUCAAAAAAGUUACCACAGAGAGACAAAAAUGGGUGUUUUCUAAAAUGUGGACGAAUGUCGGGAUCAAAACUGGCAAGUCAACAAUGUGAAGAAGAGAUUCCUAAAGUGGCAGCAAAAAUUAAAUCACCAAAUAAAAGAAUGAGUUUCUGUUUUGAGGAACUUGAUCAUCCUGAGUUUGAUCAUGAAGAGUUAGAUUCUAUAGUGGAGCAGGCCUGUAGAAUUUGUGAGGAUACUGUUGAACAGGAAGAAACUAAAACACUUAAUCAGAACGAUGAAACAAAUGUUGAUAUAAAUAUGAAUUCAUCACCAUCUAUAUGUAGGACUAGAUCUAGGAAAACUGAUUCAAGGACCAACUCAAUAAUGGACAGGGAUACAGUUCUAAAACAUUCCCCUAAUAACAAUCAAAGGUGCAGCCCUAGGUUCAAAAGUCGUGGGUCAGUAAGCAUAGAUAAAGAUUUAAUUUCUCGUGUAAAAACUGAACCUUGUGAAGAAAAGCCACAGUUUAGAAAUAGUCCAAAGCUUAUGCCUAAAACUGAGCCUUGUGAAGAAAAGUUACAGUUUAGAAUUAGUCCAAAGCUUAUACCUAAAACUGAACCUUGUGAAGAAAAGCAAGAGGUUAAAAAUAGUCCAAAGCUAAUAUCUAAAACUGAAACAAAAAAACAAGAUGUAAAAUUGGAAAUGGAAGAAAAGGAUGAUGAAUCAAAACAACAAUCAGAACAAUUAGACAUAUCAAUUUCAGGGACAUUUGAGCUUCACUGUGAUACAGACUCACUUCAGGGUCAAAGUUCAGGUCAUACAGACUCAUUCAUAGGUCAAGAUCAUAUAGAAACACCUCUCAGUCAUAGUAAUUCAGAAACACUUCAGGGACAAAAUCAUAAGAGCAAAGGACUCAAAAACAUUCAAAGUGAUAUUUCUAAGAAAGCACCUGUUCGUCAGAGCCCUAGACUUCACAGGAAGCGUGACACAGAAAGUUCACUAUGUGAAAAGCCUGAGGCAGCAAAAGACUUGUCAGAAAAAUUGAAACGAGACGUGAAAUCAGAGAGUGAUGAAGGUUUAACAAUGUUAGAAGAAAACUUUAUAGAUGUUUGUAGUUUUUCAGAUGAACAACAGGAAGAUUCAUUAGCGAACAGAUUAAAAUCAGAAAUACAUCACAAAACUGAUGAUGCUGAUGAAACAUCUGACCAGGAACCAGUUGAUAAUAUGUUUGAAAGUUUUGAGUCUAUUAUAAAAAAUGUAACUCCUCCAAGAAAAUUAGGGACUCAACAACCCAGUGAUAAAAAAUUUGACAAAUCUUACUCCGAUCAGUGCCUUAGAUUAUUGAACAAAAGUAAGAAUAGAGAAAAGAAACGAAAAUUGUCUUAUUCAAUCAUGUCAUCUCCGGAAACAUCUCCCGAUAAAAAGAUUCCAAAACUGACGAUCAAAAUGAGACGAGACCCCAUUUUGGAAACAAUGGAGGAGAGUCUGUCCACAGCAAAACGAAUAGAAGAUGAACUGGAAUCUCAAAUACAGAUAGAAAAUCACAUGUUGAAACAAAGCUGUCACAGACGACGGCGGAGAAGUUCUGGGAAAACAUCACCACGAUCACCAAUAAACUCCGCUCAUUCACCGACACAUUCAUCUAAAUCACCGAUAGCUCCCAGCACUUUUUAUCCACUAUCUAACAGUCAUUCAUUUCCUAAAAAACUUCGUCUCAAGUUAGGAGAUACUUCCUUCAGUAUUUCUAUACCACAACCUAAUGAUUUUAGUCAGAUUCAGAAUUCACCAGAAUAAAGAGAUUCUAUUACAAAUGUUAUUCAGGUAUCCAUUCAGUAUCUCAGUAUUUAUAAUGUUACUGUCUAUGUAAGGUGUUUGACCUUAAUUUGAAAAAAAAACUUUGAUAUACCAGCUUAAUUCUAUUUGUAUGUGGAAAUGAAUAAUGUGAUUUUCCUCUUCUCUUUGUUAACCUUUUAUUUUUAAUCCCCACUCAUUGACAAGCCACAGCUGUCUUAUUUUUCUAUCCCCUUGGUUGCCAGGAUGUUAAGUGCUACCUUUCCCUGCUGACAAGGUGCAAAUUAAUCUUCAAAAUAAAAAGAUCAUAUAUGUCAUUGCAAAUUAACAUCUUUAACAAUUUUUUUUUUUUUUUUUAAACAAAGAUCCAUUUUUUCUGUUUCAAAUCCUGCAUUAAUUAUACAAACUACAAACUUUCUGUAUUUGUGGGUAGUCUGAAAUAGAACAAAAUAUAUGUUUAAGUAUGAAUUCUUUAUCUGAAAAGUUUUUCUUUUUUUUAAAUAAGUCAACCUUUCAAUCUGCAUGUUCCUCUUUGAAAACUCCUUAACAUAGUAAAUUAAAUUUGAAAUGAGUGUUUUUUUCUGUACAUAAUUGAUGUUUGUUCCAAUGAAUAGGUAGAACAUUGCUGUUAAAAUAAAUCUUCAGAUAUUCACACCAUAAGCCUUCGGAUUUUAAGACUAUAUAAAACUAUAAAUAUUGAUUCAGUUAAAUAUCUUUUUAAUUGGUAUUCACAACUUUUGUUUACCUGGUAUUGUAAUCAUAUAUGUUUAUUUGUUGUUCAGAAAAAAGGAAAAUUCGUAAAUUCUCGUAAUUCGAUGUUUCCCUGGAUAUGUUAGAUUGUGUUUUAAAGUUCACAAAUUACCAUUAUGAAUACAAAAAUCUCUUGAAGUCAGUUUUGACUGAGUUGAACAAGGUGAUUAUUAUUUAGAAAGAAAAAUGAUUGUUGACUGUUUUCUACAAGGCCAUUACUAUUUAGAACGAAAAAUAAAAAAAGUGAUUGUUGACCCUAUUGGAUUAGGUCAUUACUAUUCAGAAAGCAAAAUGUUUGUUGGCUCUGGACAAGGUCAUAAACUUUUAGAAAGUGAAGUGAUUCUUGACUGUUGGUCAAGGUCAUUACUUUUUAGAAUUUUAUAUUUAAAUUUCAAUUCAGUGAUUGAUAAGAAUGGUUUUGGAAUUUGUGAGUUUAGACUUUGGACUUUAAUUAUCAAUAUAAAUAGUACAUUUCUUAUAUAUUCAUAUCCAGGGGUUUCAUUGAAUAUUUGUACCAAUAUAAAAUGUCCUUUAAUAGUUACAACUACUUGGUCAAAUAAUACAGGAUUUAGGUUUUUGAUAUAUAAUCGGUUUGAUAUAGAAAGUUGUAGAUUGAUUGGUUUUAUUGAUAAUUCUUGUAAGGACUUUGUAAGGGUUUUUUCAGGGAUAAAAUCACUGUGAGGAUAUUAACAUGACCAUAUGGUACAAUGCAAGGUGUUUAAGUGUAAACAAAACACUCAUUGGUCAUUUUUGAAGGUCAGUGUGAAUCACCCAGACACUUAUAAUAGAAGCUCUUUAAUUGAUCAAUUAACAAUAUUCUUAUCUAUAUACUGGGAUUGAGUGCAAUUUGUAAAACACUACUUUGUUAGAUUACAAACAUCCGGUAUAAGGAAUUAUCAGAGUUCAUUUUUUUUACUUGUAUAUAUAUUUUUUUACAGAAAAAAAUCAUUUGGUUUUGUCAUUUUUGUAGUCACGAUACAUUGUUGUCACCCUUCACUUUCAGCAUGUUCACUAACCAUGGUAUCAAAAUUUAAAGGACCAAAAUCAUUCUUUUUUACUCUGUUUUUUUUUAAGAAUUUUUUUUAUUAUUUUAUGAAGGAAUUCUUGUUUUUCUUCUGCCACUAACAGAAUAUGAGAAAGCUGUUUAUGUAACCUGUCUAAAUUAUACAAUAGAUAAUAUUUGUUUCUAUGAUUACUAAUUGGUUAAACACAAACAUAUUUUGAAGAAGUACAACUCCCAACAUAAUCCUUUUUUUUCCUUAGUAGUAAUUGUUUUGUUGAAGUUAUUGUAAAUUGUAUACAAAUGUGGUAAUUUUAUAGAUUUUUAAGCAUGACCAAUGUAGAUAUAAAUAUUUUAACAUCUGUUUGUAGAUUUUUGUUUUUCAGUGUUUAUUUAUAGAGAAGGGAAAUGUGAAUUUGAUUAAUAGUAUACACAUAUGAUUAAGUUAUUAAACACAGAAGGGAAUGACUCAUAAAAUUAACUCAUUCUUCAUAUGUCUAAUACAAUCAAAUUUUUAUUAUUUCGGAUGGUAAUAAUUGACAAUGAAAUAUUCAUGGUUUUCAUCAUGUUUGAUGGUUGCAAAAAGAAACAUUGUAAUAAAAAUAUUUAUUACUGUGAAAUGGCUAUUUUAUGUGGUAAAUAAUUUUUAGUACUAUUUGUUAACUUAUUAGUUGUGAUUAUGACAUUUGUUGAAGGGAGAUAAUAAAGAAAAAAAUACCAGUUAUCUCCCCUAAAAUAAGGAAAAUAGUUAAAAUAUGCACAUUUUCAAAGUUAUGUAUAUUUCCUGUAUCAAGAUCUUACUGCAGACUAACAGCUAAUAUUGUAUAGUCAUUGCCUUUAGAACUGAUGAAUUCUAUCAAAUUACUUUGGCUUUACAUGGUAUAAGAAUUGUUUACAAGUAAUUUGAAGUAAGGGAAAGUUCAACAUAUUUCAGUUUAAUAGAAUACAUAUUAUUUACACAUUUUAUGAAUGAGUUAAGUUACAAUUUACCAAAUCCAAAAACCCCUUACCAAAUAAAUUGGUUAAAAUUUCACUAAGAACCAUCACACUAUAAUCAUGUAUUUAUUGAGUGGGAGAGUGUAAUUUAUAGAAUAUAUGUUAGCUCACAUGUGGAACUUUUAUUCUUAUGAAAAGUAAAAUGCUGUUUAUCUUCUUAAUGGAGUUAUUUAAUAGGAUAUUCAUGUAAUCCAAGAAGAUUUUUUUCUCAAGUGAAGUCUAAAUUUUACAGAGUGAAUAUCUUUUGCCCUUUUAAGCUCGACUGGCCCUACCAAAUGACAGGUCAAGGUCAUCCAAACUAUGGUUACCACCAUUUUAAAAACUAGAUAAUUAUAUAAAAAAAUAAAAAAGGAAAAUCCUAUGAAGGGCCAGUUAAUACUAAAUUUCAACUAAUUGGACUGAGAAUGGGCCAUUCUUGACCUUUUUUUUAGAUACCAGUUUAGUGAUACAGGCACUUUGAAGCCUCUUUUUUAAAGUUUUGACAUUGAUUACGUCCCUUGGAUUAGAUGAAAGAGAGUUGCAUGUUUAGGGCAGCCUAAUGUAUUAUUGUUAUAAUGUGUAGUGUGAUGUGUUAACACUCUCGUAUGUUUUAUUAAAUCAUGUGAAAUCUCAA